UUAAAUAAAGAGAGAAAAUAAAAAAGGAUAACAUUGGACAAUGUAGUCGAAAUGUAUGACUGUGGACUGCACCUGAGCUCAUCAGCCACUCCUCACCGGCAGAGACGGAUUUGCUUCUCCUCAUUUCUCUUUCGCCCACGGCUCUCUCAUCGCUCCCCCCCUCUUCGUCUAUUUUUCGUCAGGUCCAUUUCUCUGCCCAGCAGGAAUAGGUCAGCUACUUUAGCUAUGGAAAAUUCUUUAACUACCCCUCCAAGAGGAACUCCUUUGGGUGUAGAUGAGUCUUAUGAGGAAGAAUACUCAUCUCAAUCUAAGUUGCUCAAAGAAUUCAUAGAUAUUCCUACCAUUGACAAGGCUUGGACUUUCACAUCUACCACUGGUUCCCAGAGCAUGUUCUUAAUCAGCCAACCAAAUCUCUUGGAGAACAAGAAGAGGAGAUACAUAUUAUCAAAUAAUAUCACGAAAGGAGCCGAUAGCUCUGUAAAUUUUCAGUGGGCCCCAUUCCCAACUGAGGUGACUGGUAUCUCUGUGAUGGUUCCAUCUCCUUCUGGUUCAAAGCUUCUUGUCAUUCGUAAUUCAGAAAAUGACUCACCUACUCACUUUGAAAUAUGGGGACCUUCUCAUGUGGAAAAGGAAAUUCAUGUUCCUCAUUCUAUCCAUGGAUCCGUGUAUUCAGAUGGGUGGUUUGAGGGGAUUUCAUGGAACCAUGAUGAAAAUCUAAUAGCGUAUGUUGCUGAAGAACCUACCCCACGCAAGCCGACGUUCACUAAUUUUGGUUAUAAGAAAGAGAAUGAGGCUGGUAAUGAUUGUGGUAGCUGGAAAGGAAAAGGACAAUGGGAAGGAGACUGGGGAGAGGCCUAUGCUGGGAAAAGGCAACCUGCUUUGUUCGUCAUCAAUAUUAACAGUGAAGAGGUGUAUCCUGUUGAGAGUAUAGGGAAGUCAUUGAGUGUAGGGCAAGUUGUAUGGGCUCCGAAAGUAAAAGGUUUGCAACAAUAUUUGGUUUUUGUUGGAUGGCCAUCGAACACUAGAAAGUUGGGAAUCAAGUUUUGCUAUAAUAGACCGUGUGCUUUGUAUGCGGUCAAAGCUCCAACUUCCCAAUCAGAAGUUAACCAGUUUGGUGAUAAGGGAACUGAAGAUGAAACUAUGAUUAAACUUACAGAAAGCAUUAGUAGUGCAUUCUUCCCCCGUUUCAGUCCAGAUGGAAAGUUUCUUGUCUUUUUAUCAUCAAGAAGUUCAGUGGAUUCUGGAGCACAUUCUGCAACAAAUUCUCUUCAUAGAAUUGAUUGGCCAACUGAAGGAAGGCCAUGCCAAGGUUCAAAUGUUGUCGACGUGGUUCCUGUUGUAAUGUCUGCCAAAGAUGGGGUCUUCCCAGGUCUCUAUUGCUUUGGCAUUCAUAGUAAGCCAUGGCUUUCUGAUGGUUAUACUUUGCUUUUAUCAUCUUACUGGGGUAGCACUCAGGUGGUACUUUCCAUAAAUGUCUUAAGUGGAAAGGUGACUCGAAUAAGCCCUAGCAAAUCAAACUUUUCAUGGAACAUCCUUGCACUUGAUGGAGAUAACAUAAUUGCUGUCUGUAGCAGCCCUGUUGAUGUUCCUGAAAUCAAGUAUGGUCUUGUUGGUGAAAAGGAAUGUAAAGAAGCCACUUGGAGUUGGCUGGACAUUGCAAGCCCAAAAUCAAGUGUGUGCUCUGAGAAGGUUAGGUCAUUGCUGUCAUCCAAACAAUUUAGUAUUUUGAAGAUUCCAGUCAGUGAGGUCUCUGGUAGCCUUACAAAAGGUGCUACAAACCCAUAUGAGGCAAUAUUUGUGUCAUCAAAGUGUAAGGAGCACAAUGAGCAUGACCCAAUGGUCGUAAUGCUUCAUGGAGGUCCCCACUCUGUAUCAUUGUCAAGCUUCUCAAAACCUUUGGCUUUUCUUUGUUCACUUGGUUUUAGCUUGCUGAUCGUAAAUUAUAGAGGCUCCUUGGGAUUUGGAGAGGAAGCUCUGCAGUCUCUCCCCGGGAAAGUUGGGUCUCAGGAUGUUAAUGAUGUAAUCUCUGCUAUUGAUCAUGUCAUCCACUUGGGUCUUGCCGAUCCAUCCAAACUAGCUGUGCUUGGCGGUUCCCAUGGCGGGUUUCUAACAACACACUUGAUAGGCCAGGCCCCAGAUAAGUUUGCAGCUGCUGCUGCAAGGAAUCCAGUCUGCAACCUUGCUUUGAUGGUUGGCACAACUGAUAUCCCUGAUUGGUGCUAUGUGGAAGCAUUUGGACGUGAGGGUAUAUCGGUCUUUAUGGAGGCCCCUUCAUCUGAACAACUCUCUGUGCUUUUCAGCAAAUCCCCCAUUGCUCAUGUCUCUAGGGUUAAAUCUCCAACACUCAUGUUGUUAGGUGCUAAAGACCUUCGAGUACCAGUUUCCACAGGAUUGCAAUAUGCACAUGCGUUGACUGAGCAAGGAGUCAAGGUGAAGGUGAUCAUGUUCCCAGAAGAUUCACAUGGGAUUGAAAGACCACAGUCUGAUUUUGAAAGCUUUCUAAAUAUUGGAGUGUGGUUCAAGAAGUUCUGCAGAUAAAUAAAACAACCUGCUCUCUGCAAGUGUGAAGAUUCUGAAAACUAUGUGUGGUUUCACUGACUGGUUCAAGCAGUAAAACAGGCUUCUUGCAAGUAGACUCAGCAGAGAGUCCCCAUGAAAAGAACCACUUGAAGAUUAAACUAGGGGUGGGUUCGGUUCUUUCGGUUCGGUUCUUUCGGUUCGGUUCUUUCGGUUCGGUUCUUUCGGUUCGGUUUUUCGGUUCGGUUUUGACCUAAAACCAAAUAUGGAACCAAAUUAAAAAUUCGGUUCGGUUUCGGUUCGGUUUUACACUCCAAAACUUCAAACCACGGUUUGAUUGGUUCGAUUUAUUUCGGUUCGGUUUCGAUUUUUUCGGUUUUUUACUCAAUAUUUGUCAUUUAAUUUAAAAUCGAUAUAAAAGUUGGAGGGAUCAAACAUAUUACAUAAAAAUGCAAGCAUAAUUGAACAAAUGAAGAAAAUAAAAAUAAACAAGUAUGUCUUGAAUUAUAUGAGUAUGCAGGAGAGAUACAAGUGUGUAUCUAUUCUUAAUUUACAAUGUUUGUGACUAGUUUGAAAAACGUUUAUGAAUACAUAUGUCC